AUGGCCAGCACAAGUCCAACAAAGACAACAGUCCCUGCCAAACUCUCAAUGCCAGUCGAGCUUCUGCCAACCGACCUUGCUCGAAUCGUCUCUCAAGCUCAUCCAGUGCUCCUCCUUUCUGCUUAUUAUCUCCGCUUCCCGGCUCUGGUCGCAGACCCAGUCUCUACAUUACUGGAUUCAUUACUGCCCCUGGCAGCCAUUCAGAUAGCCUAUGCUUUCAUCUGUCUCCCAGCAGUUGGAACGACCUCAAAGCCCGUGGAGAAAGCCAAGUCCGGAGAAAAGAAAAAGACGCCUGAAGCGUCCAGCGCGAAGGCCCUCACGGUCAUUUAUGCCAUUCUUCUCUCUCUCAUAUCCGUUCCCGUCCUAGCAGCUGUCCAGGUCCUCUUCGGCGCUCCGAUCACUACGCACAUCCCUCAUACUCUCCUAAGUUCAGCAUAUGUCGCCUUACUAGCUAUCUUUCCUCUCAUAUACGUGCACGGAUCUGAUGGGGCGAAGUGGAGAGAGAUAGCUUCUGUGUAUAGCCCAAUUGAUGAAGUGUUCGGGGCAUCUGUUGGUUGUUUCCUGGGAGCUUGGUUGGGUGCUGUGCCCAUUCCGUUGGAUUGGGACAGAGAAUGGCAGAAGUGGCCGGUUACAAUCGUCACUGGUGCUUAUGCUGGGUACAUGGUUGGGAAGCUGGCUGGAGGGUGGUUGUUGAAAGGGAAGAGGAUUGAGUUCGACUGA